AGUCCUGAACGCCUCAGCGUCCCUGCUUGUUGUGGCAUGCGAGGCUCUGUGCAAGUAGCACACUUUGACUCCUUUUGGAGAACUUGAACAAAAUGGGAAAGGUGGGCUUCAUCUCGCUCCUAAUAGCCGCUUUGGCGGCAAUGUUAGGAGAGAGGGUUUUCAACCUAAGGAAAAGGACCCUGGCUACAAGGGAGCUGGUCCAGAAGCACCUUCCCAACUGUGUUGAGCUCAAAAAUCUGGAUUAUGGGGCGGAGGAUAUAACCAUUCUUGGAGACGGACUUGCCUUCAUCAGCACUGGUCUUCGGUAUCCUGGAAUGCCACCCUCGGAUGCAACUGGAAAGAUCUUCUCCCUUGAUCUAAAGGACUCCCGGAUGAAACCAGCGGAGCUGCGUAUGCCAAGAAACUUUGAUCUAGAAUCAUUCAACCCCCAUGGCAUCAGCUUAUACACCGAUCCAACGGAUGACGCAGUAUACCUGUUUGUUGUCAAUCACCCCCAACACAAAAGCCAAGUAGAGCUGUUCAAAUAUGUUGAGGACAGCAACUCUCUUCUGCAUCUGAAAACCAUAAAUCAUGAACUGCUCUACAGUGUAAAUGACAUUGUCGCAGUGGGACCGGACAGCUUCUAUGCUACCAAUGACCGCUACUAUCCCCAUGAAAUCUUAAAAGGUUUUGUGGAGCCUCUUUUGGCUCAGCCUUGGACUAAUGUUGUCUACUACAGCCCUGAGGAAGUUAAAGUGGUCUCUGAGGGUUACUAUAUGGCAAAUGGAAUCAACAUUUCACCAGACAAAAGGCAUAUAUAUGUGGUAGAUCUUUUCGAUCACAAUGUGCACGUGUUGGAGCGCAAAGAAGACAACUCGGUGACCUCUGUAAAGACCGUGGCUGUGGGUUCACUCUGUGACAAUGUUGAAGUGGACGCUGAUACCGGUGACCUUUGGUUAGGCUGUCACCCUAACGCCUGGAAGGCUGUCAUGUCUGACCCCAAAGACCCACCAGGAUCAGAGGUCAUCCGCAUCCAGAACAUCCACUCCGAUCAGCCGACGGUGACUCAGGUGUAUGAGGACAACGGCCAGGUGCUCAUAGGCUCUUCUGUAGCGGCUCCCUAUGGGGGAAAGCUGCUCAUUGGCACUGUGUACCAUAAAGCCUUGUGCUGCGAUCUGGAGUAGGCAGUGCCUCUUCAGACCAUGAUCCCCACUGAGCAGAGAGAAAUAAAAGUUCACUGAAAGAUU